AUGUCCAGCAAAGCGGAGAAGAGGAGGAAAGUGAGUGUCCGGGGAAGUGCCAGCCGCGGAGGCGCCCGCAGGAGAGCUGGUCAGGCGGAGCUGGCCUCGCAGCCUGCGGAGAACCCCCUGUCCUCUGACGAGCCUGAGCUGGAGCCUGAGCCCCUCAAAGAGGAGCCUGAGCCACCACUGAAGGAACCCGAAGUAGAGAAGGAAGAAUUACCGGAGCCCGAGGUGGAUGUGAAGCCCCUUUUCCUGUCCCGAGCUGUGCUGACAGGACUAGCGGAUGCCGUCUGGACAGCGGAGCAUGAUGCCAUUCUGGAACACUUUGCCCAGGACCCUUCGGAGCUCAUCCUCACCAUCUUCAUUGACCCCUGUAUGGGGCUGAAGCUAGAUCUGGGCAUGUCUGUACAGGUGGGUACUCUGCUCUCCAGACUCCAAGGCGGUCUGCCAGGGAGCACCCAGAACCAGAUUGUCUACUUCAUUCGCUGCGCACCAGUUCCCAUCACCCCGGAGAACUUUGAGGCAACUGUGCAGUUUGGGACUGUGCGGGGUUCCUACAUCCCGGCCCUGCUCCGGCUCCUCAGUGGUGUCUUUGCCCCUCAGAUCUUUACAAACACAACCUGGCCAGAGAGUAUUCGGAAUCAUUUUGCUUCUCAUCUGCACAGAUUCCUGGCCUGCCUGACAGAUACUCGGUACAAACUGGAGGGGCACACCGUUCUCUACAUUCCUGCAGAGGCCAUGAACAUGGCGCCCGAGGUGGUGGUUAAGGACAAAGAGCUGGUACAGCGGCUGGAGACCUCCAUGAUCCACUGGACCCGGCAGAUAAAGGAGGUGCUCAGUGCCCAGGAGUCUGUGGAGACAGGAGAAAAUUUAGGUCCUCUGGAGGAGAUUGAGUUCUGGCGCAACCGAUGCAUGGACCUGUCUGGCAUCAGUAAGCAGCUGGUGAAGCAGGGAGUGAAGCACAUUGAAUCCAUCCUGCGACUUGCCAAGUCCUCCUACUUGGCGCCCUUUAUGAAACUGGCCCAGCAGAUCCAGGAUGGUUCUCGUCAAGCACAGUCAAACCUGACGUUUUUGUCAAUCCUGAAGGAGCCCUACCAGGAAUUGGCCUACAUGCGGCCUAAGGACAUCUCCAGUAAGCUCCCCAAGUUGAUCAGUCUCAUCCGCAUCAUCUGGGUCAACUCUCCCCACUACAACACUCGGGAGAGACUGACCUCCCUCUUCCGAAAGGUAUGCGACUGCCAGUACCAUUUUGCCCGCUGGGAGGACGGCAAGCAGGCUCCGCUGCCUCGCUUCUUCGGUGCCCAAGGGCCCCAGAUCACGCGCAACUUGCUGGAGAUCGAGGACAUCUUUCAUAAGAAUCUCCAUACGCUGCGGGCUGUUCGCGGGGGCAUCCUGGACGUCAAGAACACCUCUUGGCACGAGGACUACAACAGGUUUCGCACUGGAGUCAAAGACCUGGAGGUGAUGACUCAGAACCUGAUCACCUCCGCCUUCGAGUUAGUCCGAGACGUGGAGCAGGGCGUGUUGCUGCUGGACACCUUCCACAGGCUUGCCACGCGGGAGGCCAUCAAGCGAACCUACGACAAGAAGGCCGUGGAUCUCUAUAUGCUGUUCAAUAGCGAGCUGGCCCUGGUGAACCGUGAGCUGAACAAGAAAUGGUCAUACCUGGAGCCCUACAUGGCCCAGUACUCGGGACAGGCCCACUGGAUGCGGAUCCUGCGGCACCGCAUCGACAGGGUCAUGAACUGUCUGUCCAGUGCUCACUUCCUGCCCCACAUUGGAACGGGAGAGGAGAGCAUGCACACCUAUCAGCAGAUGGUUCAGGCCAUCGAUGAACUGGUUCGAAAAACCUUCCAAGACUGGACGUUAACGCUGGACAAGGACUGUAUCCGGCGGCUGGACACGCCACUGUUACGAAUCAGCCAGGAGAAGGCGGGCAUGCUGGAUGUCAACUUUGACAAGUCCCUGCUGAUUCUCUUUGUGGAGAUUGACUACUGGGAACGGCUGCUCUUUGAGACGCCCCACUACGUGAUGAAUGUGGCCGAGCGCGCGGAGGACCUGCGCAUUCUUCGGGAAAACCUGUUGCUUGUGGCUCGAGACUACAAUCGGAUCAUUGCCAUGCUGUCCCCAGAUGAGCAGGCCCUCUUCAAAGAACGUAUCCGAUUCCUGGAUAAGAAGAUCCACCCUGGACUCAAGAAACUGCACUGGGCCCUGAAGGGGGCCAGCGCCUUCUUCAUCACAGAAUGCCGAAUACAUGCCAGCAAGGUGCAGACCAUCGUGAACGAGUUCAAGGCCUCCACUCUGACCAUUGGCUGGCGAGCCCAAGAGAUAUCCGAGACGCUGUUGGUGCGCAUCAGCAGCAAACGGGUAUACAGGGACCUGGAAUUUGAGGAGGACCAGCGGGAGCACCGGGCGGCUGUUCAGCAGAAACUGAUGAGCCUGCACCAGGACGUGGUGGCCAUCGUGACCAACUCCUACGAAGUCUUCAAGAAUGACGGCCCUGAGAUUCAGCAGCAGUGGAUGCUGUACACGAUUCGGCUGGACCGCAUGAUGGAGGAUGCCCUGCGUCUGAAUGUGAAGUGGUCGCUGCUGGAGCUGUCCAAGGCCAUCAACGGGGACGGGAAGACCACGCCCAACCCCCUCUUCCGAGUCCUGGUCAUUUUGCAGAAUGACACACAGGGAGGUGUGGCACAGGUGGAAUUCUCACCCACUCUGCAGACGCUGGCAGGUGUGGUCAAUGACAUUGGCCACCACCUCUUCUCCACCAUCUCUGUCUUCCACCACCUCCCCGAAAUUCUCAUCAGGCGCAAGUUUCAUCGUGACCCCAUCCACAUAAUCGUGGAGCGAGACGAGGACAUCAAGAAGAUCCAGGCCCAGAUCAGCAGCGGCAUGACCAACAACGCAAGCCUGCUGCAGAACUACCUCAAGACCUGGGAUUUGUAUCGGGAGAUCUGGGAGAUCAACAAGGACUCUUUUAUUCGCCGCUAUCAGCGUCUCAACCCCCCCGUCUCUUCUUUUGAUGCCGACAUUGCCCGCUACACGGAGGUUGCCAACAACGUGCAGAAGGAGGAGACGGUGCUCAACAUCCAGUUCGUGCUGCUGGACUGCUCCCACCUCAAGUUCUCGCUGGUACAGCACUGCAACGAGUGGCAGAACAAGUUCACGACCCUGCUCAAGGAGAUGGCGGCCCGGCGCCUCCUGGAGCUCCACGCCUACCUGCAGGACAACGGGGACAAAAUCAGCCACCCUCCCCAGACGCUGGAGGAACUGGGGGUCAGCUUGCAGCUCAUGGAGACCCUGCAGCACGACCUGCCCAACCUGGAGACCCAGAUCCCCCCCAUCCACGAGCAGUUCACCAUUCUCGAGAAGUACGAGGUGCCGGUUCAGGAGAACGUCCUAGAGAUGCUGGACCAUCUCAACGGGGAGUGGGUCAUCUUCCAACAAAUCCUGCUGGAUAGUGAACAAAUGCUGAAGAAACACAAGGAGAAAUUCAAGACAGGCCUCAUCCACUCAGCGGACGACUUCAAGAAGAAAGCGCAUAAUCUCCUGGAAGACUUUGAAUCUAAAGGCCCCUUCACCAGUAACGUGGGACAUCAGGCAGCCUUGGAGCAGAUCGCCCAGGUGCGGGCCAUGCUGAAUGCCAUGCGGGAAGAAGAAAACAGUCUCCGCUCCAACCUGGGCAUCUUCAAGAUCGAGCAGCCAGCCUCCAAGGACCUGCAGAACCUGGAGAAGGAGCUGGACGCACUGCAGCAGGUGUGGGAGAUCACACGGGACUGGGAGGAGAACUGGAACCAGUGGAAGACGGGCCAGUUCCUGACGCUGCAGACGGAGGCCAUGGAAACGAUGGCACACGGGCUCUUCCGCCGUCUCACCAGGCUGGCCAAAGAGUACAAGGACCGCAACUGGGAAAUUAUCGAAACCACUCGCUCCAAAAUAGAGCAGUUCAAGAGGACCAUGCCCCUCAUCUCGGACCUUCGCAACCCCGCCCUUAGAGAGAGGCACUGGGAUCAGGUCAGAGAUGAGAUCCAACGGGAGUUUGAUCAGGAAUCUGACCGCUUCACCUUGGAGCAGAUUGUGGAUCUUGGGAUGGACCAGCAUGUGGAGAAAAUCGGGGAGAUCUCUGCGUCGGCCACCAAAGAGCUGGCUAUAGAAUUGGUACGACUGCGCCCCCUCCACUUCGCCUCCCCCACUUCACGAGCCUCGGGCGGCCAGCUUCUCCUGGUCCCAUGGCCCCUCCAAGUUCUGUUCCCUUUGCGGACCGAAUACUGGAUUGUUCUGUUCCCUGCUUUCUCUCCACAGGCAUUACAGAACAUUGCCAAGGCCUGGAGCGUGAUCCAGCUAGACAUAGUUCCCUAUAAGGACAAGGGCCAUCACCGACUCCGAGGCACAGAGGAGGUAUUCCAGGCCCUGGAAGAUAACCAGGCGGCUCUGUCUACCAUGAAGGCCUCUCGUUUUGUCAAGGCCUUUGAGAAGGAAGUGGACCGCUGGGAGCGCUGCCUCUCCCUCAUCUUGGAGGUCGUUGAGAUGCUGCUUACAGUGCAGCGCCAGUGGAUGUACCUGGAGAAUAUCUUCCUCGGAGAGGACAUCCGUAAGCAGCUGCCCAGUGAAUCAGCCCUAUUUGACCAGAUCAACAACAACUGGAAAUCCAUCAUGGACCGGAUGAGCAAGGACAGCAACGCUCUGCAGAGCACCCACCAUCCAGGCCUGCUGGACACGCUGACGGAAAUGAACACAGUUCUGGAAGACAUUCAGAAGUCUCUGGAUAUGUAUCUAGAGACCAAGCGCCAUAUCUUUCCCCGCUUCUACUUCCUGUCCAAUGAUGACCUCCUGGAGAUUCUGGGCCAGUCCCGCAACCCAGAGGCUGUGCAACCGCACCUCAAAAAAUGCUUUGACAACAUCAAAUUGCUGAGAAUGCAGAAGGUUGGGGGACCCAGCAGCAAAUGGGAAGCCGUGGGAAUGUUCUCAGGGGAUGGCGAGUACGUUGACUUCCUCCACUCAGUCCUUCUGGAAGGGCCUGUGGAGUCCUGGCUUGGUGACGUGGAGCGGACCAUGAGGGUGACCCUACGGGACCUUCUCCGGAACUGUCGCCUGGCCCUCAAGAAGUUUCUUAACAAGAGGGACAAGUGGGUGAAGGAGUGGGCUGGCCAGGUGGUGAUCACUGCCAGUCAGAUCCAGUGGACGGCUGACGUCACCAAGUGCCUGCUGACGGCUAAGGAGCGCGGAGACAAGAAAAUCCUCAAGGUCAUGAAGAAGAAGCAGGUGUCCGUCCUGAACAAGUAUUCGGAAGCCAUCAGGGGGAACCUGACCAAAAUCAUGCGGCUGAAAAUUGUGGCGCUGGUGACAAUAGAAGUCCACGCCCGGGACGUGCUGGAGAAGCUGUACAAGAGCGGCCUCGUGGACGUCAGCUCCUUCGAGUGGCUCAGUCAGCUGCGCUUCUACUGGGAGAAGGAGCUGGACGACUGCAUGAUCCGCCAGACCAACACGCAGUUCCAGUACAGCUACGAGUACUUGGGGAACUCCGGCCGGCUGGUCAUCACCCCGCUGACCGACAGGUGUUACAUGACUCUGACCACAGCCCUGCACCUGCAUCGGGGGGGCUCCCCCAAAGGCCCAGCGGGCACGGGGAAGACAGAGACCGUCAAGGAUCUGGGCAAGGCCCUCGGCAUAUACGUCAUCGUGGUCAACUGCUCCGAGGGCCUGGACUACAAGUCCAUGGGCAAGAUGUACUCGGGCCUGGCUCAGACUGGCGCCUGGGGCUGCUUUGACGAGUUUAACCGCAUCAACGUGGAGGUGCUGUCCGUGGUGGCCCAGCAGAUCCUGUCCAUCCUGUCCGCCCUGGCCGCCAGCCUCACCCGCUUCUACUUCGAGGGCUUUGAAAUAAACCUGGUGUGGUCCUGUGGGAUCUUCAUCACCAUGAAUCCCGGCUAUGCCGGCCGCACGGAGCUGCCAGAUAACCUGAAAUCCAUGUUCCGUCCCAUUGCCAUGGUGGUGCCUGAUUCCACUCUUAUCGCAGAGAUCAUCCUCUUCGGGGAGGGCUUCGGCAACUGCAAGACCCUGGCCAAGAAGGUAUGCAGCCUGUACUUGCUGGCUGUGCAGCAGCUGUCCAGGCAGGACCAUUACGACUUCGGCCUGCGCGCCCUCACCUCCCUCCUGCGCUAUGCGGGCAAGAAGCGCCGCGUGCAGCCGGAUCUGUCCGAUGAGGAGGUUUUGCUGCUCUCGAUGCGAGACAUGAACAUCGCCAAGCUCACCUCAGUCGACGUGCCGCUCUUCAACGCCAUCGUGCAAGACCUGUUCCCCAACAUCGAGCUGCCCGUCAUUGACUACGGCAAGCUGCGGGACGUCAUCGAGCAGGAGAUCCACGACAUGGGCCUGCAGAGCACACGGUUCACCCUCACCAAGGUCAUCCAGCUGUACGAGACCAAGAACUCCCGCCACUCCACCAUGAUCGUGGGCUGCACGGGCAGUGGCAAGACCACCUCGUGGCGCAUCCUCCAGGCCUCCCUGUCCUCCUUGUGCUGCGCCGGGGAGCCCAACUUCAACAUUGUCAGGGAGUUCCCCUUGAACCCGAAGGCGUUGUCCCUGGGGGAGCUGUAUGGGGAAUAUGACCUCAACACGAAUGAGUGGACAGAUGGUGUCCUGUCCAGUGUCAUGCGGACGGCGUGUGCAGAUGAGAAGCCGGAUGAGAAGUGGAUCCUUUUCGAUGGCCCCGUGGACACACUGUGGAUCGAGAGCAUGAACUCGGUCAUGGACGACAACAAAGUCCUGACCCUCAUCAACGGGGAGCGCAUCGCGAUGCCCGAGCAGGUGUCUCUCCUGUUCGAAGUGGAGAACUUGGCCGUGGCCUCCCCCGCCACUGUGUCUCGCUGCGGGAUGGUCUACACCGACUACACUGACCUGGGCUGGAAGCCCUACGUGCAGAGCUGGCUGGAGAAGAGACCGAAGGCCGAGGCAGAACCCCUUCAGCGCAUGUUUGAGAAGUUCAUUAACAAGAUGCUGGCCUUCAAGAAGGACUAUUGCAACGAGUUGGUGCCCGUCCCGGAAUACAGCGGGAUCAUCUCCCUCUGCAAGCUCUACUCGGCCCUGGCCACGCCGGAGAACGGGGUGAACCCAGCCGACGGUGAAAACUACGUCUCCAUGGUGGAGCUGACCUUUGUGUUCAGCAUGAUUUGGUCCAUGUGCGCCUCCGUGGACGAGGAGGGACGCAAGAAGAUGGACAGUUACCUCCGCGAGAUGGAGGGCUCCUUUCCCAAUAAGGACACAGUGUACGAGUACUUCGUGGACCCCAAGAUGCGCACCUGGACGUCAUUUGAGAAUAAGCUCCCUAAGAGCUGGCACUACCCUCCCAACUCCCCCUUCUAUAAGAUCAUGGUGCCCACGGUCGACACCGUUCGCUACAACUACCUGGUGAGCGCCCUGGUGGCCAGCCAGAACCCCGUCCUGCUGGUGGGUCCCGUGGGGACUGGAAAGACGUCCAUCGCCCAGAGCGUCCUCCAGUCCUUGCCCUCCAGCCAGUGGUCGGUGCUCAUCGUCAACAUGUCUGCGCAGACCACAUCCAACAACGUGCAGAGCAUCAUCGAGAGCAGGGUGGAGAAGCGAACCAAGGGCGUCUACGUGCCGUUCGGGGGCAAGAGCAUGAUCACCUUUAUGGAUGACCUAAACAUGCCAGCGAAGGACACGUUUGGGUCCCAGCCCCCACUGGAGCUGAUCCGCCUCUGGAUCGACUACGGCUUCUGGUAUGACCGCAUGAAGCAGACCAUCAAGUACAUUCGAGACAUGUUCCUGAUGGCUGCCAUGGGCCCCCCCGGGGGCGGACGGACUGUCAUUUCCCCGAGGUUCCAGAGUCGCUUCAACAUCAUCAACAUGACCUUCCCCACAGAGUCCCAGAUCAUCCGAAUAUUUGGCACCAUGAUCAAUCAGAAGCUUCAGGACUUCGAGGAGGAGGUGAAGCCCAUUGGGAACGUGGUGACCGAGGCGACCUUGGACGUGUACAACACGGUGGUGCAGCGCUUCCUGCCCACGCCCGCCAAGAUCCACUACCUCUUCAACCUCCGGGACAUCUCCAAGGUGUUUCAGGGAAUGCUCAGGGCCAACAAGGACUUCCACGACACCAAGUCCAGCAUCACACGACUCUGGAUCCACGAGUGUUUCAGAGUCUUCUCGGACCGGCUGGUGGAUGCAGCGGACAUGGAGGCCUUCGUGGGCAUCCUCAGCGACAAGCUCGGCUCCUUCUUUGACCUCACGUUUCAUAAUCUCUGUCCCAGCAAGCGUUCUCCGAUCUUCGGGGACUUCCUGAGGGAGCCCAGGGUGUACGAGGACCUGACCGACCUGGCAGUACUGAAGGCGGCCAUGGAGACGGCGCUCCACGAGUACAACCUGUCCCCCGGGGUGGUGCCGAUGCAGCUGGUGCUCUUCCGAGAGGCUGUCGAACACAUCACGCGGAUCGUGCGGGUCAUCGGACAGCCUCGGGGCAACAUGCUCUUGGUGGGCAUCGGGGGCAGUGGGCGCCAGAGUCUGGCCCGCCUGGCCUCCUCCAUCUGCGAGUACAUCACCUUCCAGAUCGAGGUCACCAAACAUUAUCGAAAGCAGGAGUUCCGAGAAGAUAUCAAGCGUCUGUACCGCCAGGCGGGAGUAGAGCUCAAGGCCACGUCCUUCCUUUUCGUGGACACCCAGAUCGCUGACGAGUCGUUCCUGGAGGACAUCAACAACAUCCUGAGCUCAGGCGAGGUCCCCAAUCUCUACAAGACUGAUGAAUUCGAAGAGAUCCAGGCGCACAUCGUGGAGCAGGCCAAGGCCGAGCAGGUGUCCCAGUCCUCCGACAGCCUCUUUGCCUACCUCAUUGAGCGCGUGCGGGACAACCUGCACAUCAUUCUCUGCCUCAGCCCCGUGGGCGACCCCUUCAGGAACUGGAUCCGCCAGUACCCAGCCUUGGUGAACUGCACAACCAUCAACUGGUUCUCCGAGUGGCCCCAUGAGGCCCUGCUGGAGGUGGCUGAGAAGUACCUCAUGGGGGUGGACCUGGGGACGCAGGAGAACGUCCACAGGAAGGUGGCCAAGAUCUUUGUCACCAUGCACUGGUCAGUGGUGCAGUACUCCCAGAAGAUGCUGCUGGAGCUCCGGAGAUACAACCAUGUCACACCUACCAACUACCUGGAGCUCGUGUCUGGGUACAAGAGGUUGCUGGGAGAGAAGCGGCAGGAGCUGCUGGACCAGGCCAACAAGUUGCGGACGGGACUGUUUAAGAUCGACGAAACCAGAGAGAAGGUGGAGGUGAUGUCCCUGGAGCUGGAGGACGCCAAGAAGAAGGUGGCUGAGUUCCAGAAGCAGUGCGAGGAAUACCUGGUCAUCAUCGUGCAGCAGAAGCGAGAAGCAGACGAGCAGCAGAAGGCGGUCACGGCCAAUAGUGAGAAGAUUGCCAUCGAGGAAGUCAAGUGCCAGGCCCUGGCUGACAACGCCCAGAAGGAUCUAGAAGAGGCCUUGCCAGCCCUGGAGGAAGCCAUGAGGGCCCUGGAGUCCCUGAACAAGAAGGACAUAGGAGAGAUCAAGUCUUACGGCCGGCCCCCCGCCCAAGUGGAAAUCGUGAUGCAGGCCGUCAUGAUUCUUCGAGGCAACGAGCCCACGUGGGCAGAGGCCAAGCGGCAGCUAGGGGAGCAGAACUUCAUCAAAUCCCUGAUCCACUUUGAUAAAGACAAUAUCUCAGAUAAGGUUCUGAAGAAAAUUGGGGCCUACUGUGCGCAGCCAGACUUCCAGCCUGACAUCAUCGGCAGAGUCUCACUCGCUGCCAAGUCCCUGUGCAUGUGGGUGCGGGCCAUGGAGGUGAGCAGGGUGCGGGCUGUGGACGUGAGCGGGGUGCAUGCCGUGGAGGUGAGCGGGGUGCGGGCUGUGGACGUGGGCGGGGUGCGGGCCGUGGAGGUGAGUGGGGUGCGGGCUGUGGACGUGGGCGGGGUGCGGGCUGUGGAGGUGAGUGGGGUGCAGGCCGUGGAGGUGAGCGGGGUGUGGGCCGUGGAGGUGAGCAGGGUGCACGCAGGGCGGGGCGGGCUGGGGAGUGGGGAGCGGGGUGCAGGCCGUGGAGGUGAGGGGGGUGCGGGCUGUGGAUGUGAGGGGGUGCAUGCCGUGGAGGUGAGCGGGGUGCGGGCUGUGGACGUGAGCGGGGUGCACACAGGGCGGGGCGGGCCGGGCUGGGGAGGGCCGGGGAGGGGGAGUGGGUGGGCAGCCACCGCAGCCAGGCCGUCCCCCCACACCUGUGUCCCCCCACAGCUGUAUGGGCGUCUGUACCGCGUGGUGGAGCCCAAGCGGAUUCGGAUGAACGCUGCCUUGGCCCAGCUUCAGGAGAAGCAGGCAGCACUGGCCGAGGCCCAGGAGAAGCUGCGGGAGGUGGCUGAGAAACUGGAGACGCUGAAGAAACAGUACGACGAGAAGCUGGCCCAGAAGGAGGAGCUUCGCAAGAAGUCUGAGGAGAUGGAGGUGAAGCUGGAGCGUGCGGGGCUGCUGGUGUCCGGGCUGGCUGGCGAGAAGGCACGGUGGGAAGAGACGGUGCAGGGCCUGGAGGAGGAUCUGGGCUACCUGGUAGGUGACUGCCUCCUGGCCGCUGCCUUCCUGUCCUACAUGGGCCCCUUCCUGACCAACUACCGGGACGAGAUCGUCAACCAGAUCUGGAUGAAGAAGAUCUGGGAGCUUCAGGUCCCUUGCUCGCCUCGCUUCACCUUUGAUAACUUCCUGUCCAAUCCUACCAAAGUUCGAGACUGGAACAUCCAAGGAUUGCCCUCGGAUGCCUUUUCUACUGAGAAUGGCAUCAUUGUCACCCGUGGUAACAGGUGGGCGCUGAUGAUUGACCCUCAGGCCCAGGCCCUGAAGUGGAUCAAGAACAUGGAAGGAAACCAGGGCCUCCAGAUUAUUGACCUGCAGAUGAGCGAUUACCUUCGAAUUCUAGAAAACGCCAUCCAGUUUGGAUAUCCAGUGCUGCUCCAGAACGUGCAGGAGUAUCUGGACCCCACACUCAACCCUGUGCUCAACAAAUCUGUAGCUCGAAUCGGCGGUCGGCUGCUGAUGCGCAUUGGAGACAAGGAGGUGGAGUACAAUACAAAUUUCCGGUUCUACAUCACCACCAAGCUCUCCAACCCCCACUACAGCCCAGAGACCUCGGCCAAGACCACCAUUGUCAACUUUGCUGUCAAAGAACAGGGCCUGGAGGCUCAGCUGCUGGGCAUCGUGGUCCGGAAGGAGCGGCCGGAGCUGGAGGAGCAGAAGGAUUCACUGGUCAUCAAUAUUGCUGCCGGCAAGAGGAAGCUCAAGGAGCUGGAGGACGAGAUCCUUCGGCUGCUGAAUGAGGCCACAGGCUCCCUGCUCGAGGAUGUGCAGCUGGUGAACACCCUCCAGACCUCCAAAGUGACGGCCACCGAGGUGACGGAGCAGCUGGAGACCAGCGAGACCACGGAGAUCAACAUCGACUUGGCCCGCGAGGCUUACCGCCCCUGCGCCCAGCGGGCCUCGGUGCUGUUCUUCGUCCUCAACGACAUGGGCCGCAUCGACCCCAUGUACCAGUUCUCGCUGGACGCCUACAUCAGCCUCUUCGUCCUCAGCAUCGACAAGAGCCACCGCAGCCACAAGCUGGAGGACCGCAUCGACUACCUGAACGAGUACCACACCUACGCAGUCUACAGGUACACCUGCCGCACGCUUUUUGAACGCCACAAGCUGCUGUUCAGCUUCCAGAUGUGCGCCAAAAUCCUGGAGACCUCUGGCAAGCUCAACAUGGAUGAGUACAACUUCUUCCUGCGCGGGGGCGUGGUGCUGGAUCGGGAGGGCCAAAUGGAUAACCCGUGUACCAGCUGGCUGGCGGAUGCCUACUGGGAUAACAUCACAGAGCUGGACAAACUGACCAACUUCCACGGACUCAUGAACUCCUUUGAACAGUACCCUCGUGACUGGUACCUGUGGUACACGAAUGCCACCCCAGAGAAGGCCAUGCUGCCAGGUGAGUGGGAGAACGCCUGCAACGAGAUGCAGCGGAUGCUGAUCGUCCGCUCCCUGCGCCAGGACCGCGUGGCUUUCUGCGUCACCUCGUUCAUCGUGUCCAACCUGGGCUCCCGCUUCGUCGAGCCGCCCGUGCUAAACAUGAAGCUGGUGAUGGAGGAUUCGACCCCGCGAACCCCGCUGAUCUUCAUUCUGUCCCCCGGCGUGGACCCCACCAGUGCCCUGCUCCAGCUGGCAGAGCACACGGGCAUGGCCCAGCGCUUCCACGUCCUGUCCCUGGGCCAGGGCCAGGCCCCCAUUGCUGCGCGGCUCCUCCGGGAGGGCGUGAUUCAGGGACACUGGGUGUUCCUAGCGAACUGCCACCUGUCACUGUCGUGGAUGCCUAAUCUGGACAAACUGGUGGAGCAGCUGCAGGUGGAAGAUCCUCACCCUUCCUUCCGCCUCUGGCUCAGCUCCAGCCCCCACCCGGACUUCCCUAUCUCCAUCUUGCAGGCCAGCGUCAAGAUGACCACAGAACCACCAAAGGGCCUGAAGGCCAACAUGACGCGUCUUUACCAGCUGAUGACGGAAGCACAGUUUUCCCGCUGCCCCAAACCCGCCAAGUAUAAGAAGCUGCUGUUUGCACUCUGCUUCUUCCAUUCCGUGUUGCUGGAACGCAAAAAGUUCCUGCAGCUUGGCUGGAACAUUAUCUACGGCUUCAAUGACUCCGACUUUGAGGUGUCCGAGAACUUGCUGAGUCUCUAUCUGGAUGAGUACGAGGAGACACCGUGGGACGCACUCAAGUACCUCAUUGCCGGCGUCAACUACGGUGGGCACGUCACGGACGACUGGGACCGGCGCCUGCUCAGCACCUACAUCAACGACUAUUUCUGUGACCAGUCUCUGUCGACCCCCUUUUACCGGUUGUCAGUACUGGAGGCUUAUUUCAUCCCCAAAGAUGGCAGCCUGGCCUCUUACAAGGAGUACAUCAGCAUGUUGCCCAGCAUGGACCCCCCUGAGGCCUUUGGCCAGCACCCCAAUGCGGAUGUGGCCUCCCAGAUCACUGAGGCACGAACUCUCUUUGAGACUCUGCUUUCCCUGCAACCCCAGAUUACACCCACCAGGGCUGGAGGCCAGAGCCGGGAAGAGAAGGUCCUCGAGUUGGCCGCUGACGUGAAACAGAAGAUCCCUGAAAUGAUCGACUAUGAGGGGACCCGAAAACUGCUGGCCAUGGACCCCUCCCCCCUCAACGUGGUCCUUCUGCAGGAGAUUCAGAGAUACAACAAGCUUAUGGAGACCAUCCUGUCCUCACUGACAGACCUCGAAAAAGGCAUUCAGGGCCUCAUCGUCAUGUCUACGAGCCUGGAAGAGAUUUUCAAUUGCAUCUUCGAUGCCCAUGUCCCUCCACUCUGGGGAAAGGCUUAUCCCUCACAAAAGCCACUGGCUUCGUGGACCCGGGACCUGGCCAUGCGCGUGGAGCAGUUUGAGCUGUGGGCCAAACGUGCCCGGCCUCCUGUGAUCUUCUGGCUGUCCGGCUUCACCUUUCCCACGGGCUUCCUCACUGCUCUGCUGCAGUCCUCAGCUCGCCAAAACAACAUUCCAGUGGACAACCUCUCUUGGGAGUUCAUUGUUUCCACCGUGGACGACAGCAACCUAGUGUAUCCACCCAAGGACGGCGUCUGGGUCCGUGGCCUGUACCUGGAGGGCGCCGGCUGGGACAGGAAGAACUCCUGCUUGGCGGAGGCGGAGCCCAUGCAGCUUGUCUGCCUCAUGCCCACGAUCCACUUCAGGCCUACGGAGAGUCGCAAGAAGAGCGCCAAGGGUGGGCUGGCUCCCUCCGCCCUGCCGUCCCCAUCCUUAGUUUGGAUCCUCACCCAUGCCGGGCUCCACGCGUCCCCCACACCUGCUCCUGCCCUGCUCUCCCAGAGGCUCCCGGCCCUGACUCCUCCUCUCCUCCCCCCAGGCAUGUACUCCUGCCCCUGCUAUUACUAUCCCGACCGGGCGGGCAGCGCAGACCGAGCCUCCUUUGUCAUCAGCAUCGACCUCCGGUCCGGGACCAUGACACCUGAUCACUGGAUCAAGAGGGGCACUGCUCUACUCAUGAGCCUGGACAGCUGAGAAGGCCGCCUCUUCCUCCCCGCUUGAGGGAGGGUCGGGCACUCUAGGGACCGAGGCUGGCCUUAACUGGGUCCACAUAACGGGGGCCUGGAGACAGC